AUGGGCGGUGCUAGUAGAGAAGGUGGCAAGGUCAAGCCUCUCAAGGCCGCCAAGAAGGACAAGAAGGAGCUGGAUGAGGAAGAUCUUGCUUUCCGCGAGAAGCAGAAGGCUGAUGCCAAGGCCAAGAAGGACAUGAUGGAGGCGGCCAAGGGCAAGAAGGGCCCCCUGAACACUGGCCAGCAGGGCAUCAAGAAGUCAGGCAAGAAAUAA